AUGGAUGGGAAGUGCUUCUUCGGUGGACAAAGCCUGGAUCCGCUGAUCGAGAAACUAGUUCUGCAGGGGAACGGCACGGCGAUGAAGGGCCCUGCCUUCUUCCUGAUAUUUCAGCUCUGCAUCUGGAAGACAGGAAAAGCCUCUAAGGGAUGGUCCAUGCAUGUCCCGUCGGAGGUGACGGGCGAAAUCAGCAAGACGGCGUCCCUGCCCUGCACCUUCACACACCCUCACCAGACCAACGACAAGACCUUGACGGCGAUUUGGCGGGUGAAGGAACCUUACAACGGGACGGUGGUGUUCAGGUGCACGGCCCACAGCUCCAGCAGCCUCUGCAGGACCGCCGUCGGCUCGAAGAACAGGUACCUGCUCCUGGGGAACCCCAGGCAGAACAACCUCUCCCUCCAAAUCAACAACCUCACCUGGAGCGACGGCAACAAAUAUUUCUGCCGGGUGGAGUUCUCGGGAGACGUGCACGACAAAUACGAGAGCCGGAUGGGGAUCAGACUCCGUUUGAUAGCGGCUCCCAGGAUCGUCAACAUCUCCGUUCAGUCUGGCGAGGACCACUCCUUCCACGCCAAAUGCACCGCCGAAGGGGAGCCGCUGCCCACGCUGACGUGGACCGGUCCUCUGUCCAGCAAUGUCACCUCUGUCUUGAGCGGCAGCUACCAGGUGACCAAAGAGCUCCUGCACCUGACGCAUGAUGGCAGAUACACCUGCACAGCGGAGAACAGCCUCGGGAGAGCAGAGGGGGCGGUGUACUUUUAUAAAUACAGAGCCGGAGGCGGGUCCUGGGUCCUGAUCCUCUUGUUCAUCUCCUUGGGGAUUAAAGCACUGGCCUUGCUGCUUGUCUUAGGGGUUGGCGCUUUCUGGAAAGAGGGUGGCACAAGCUUGAUAAUGGGCCAGAUCCAGCCCCUUGAGAGCUCCUAUCCAACCUGCGAGUCAGCCACCCACCCCAUUCUCGAUCUGGGCUGA